AUGAAUUAGUGUUAUAAUUAUUCUAGUUAAUAUUAAAAUCUGUUAAAAAUAUAGUUGUUAAUAAUGAAAUCAGACUCUUUGGCAAAUUACCAAAUAAAGAACCCGAUAGGUAGAGGGGCUGGUAGUUUUGUGUGCAAGAUUGUAAACAGACUAACCAAAGUAGAAAUGGCUGCGAAGAUUAUUUAGAAAACAUCCUCGAAUUCACACAAAAUAUAAAAUGAAGUAACAAUACAUUCAGAAUUGCAUCAUAAAAAUAUUGUACAUUUGGUAGAUGUUUUUGAAGAUGCUGACAACAGUUAUCUUAUCAUGGAAUUGUGUGAUUAAGACAUUUAUUAAUUAAUUAAGAAAGGGUAAUUGAAUGAACAAUAAAUACGUUUUUAUGGUAAAUAAUUGGCAGAAGGUCUGUAAUAUUUGCAUUCUCAUAACAUAAUUCAUAGAGAUAUUAAAUUAGGGAAUCUUUUAAUACAGAAUGAUAUCCUAAAAAUUGCUGAUUUUGGAUUGGCUGUAAAAUUAGCAGAUGACGAAGAAGAGAGAAAUACACUUUGUGGUACUCCAAACUAUAUUAGUCCAGAAAUCCUAAACUAAUAACCUUAUGGAAAGAAAGUUGAUUUAUGGAGUUUGGGAUGCUGUCUAUUUGCAAUGGCAACAGGUCGUGGUCCUUUUGAGGAGAAAAAUGCUGCUUUGGGCGAUGUUUUGAGAAAAGUGAAACAAGGGGAUUUUGAUCUACCUGCUAAUUCUACUGAAAUUUUUAAGGAUUUAAUAAUGAAUUUGUUAAAUCUUGAUGCAGAUUAGAGAUACUCAAUUGAAAAAAUAAUAAAGCACCCAUUUUUUAUGGAUCCUAUUCCACCUAGGAUCUAAAGUAGAAAUCAAUCCAGUUCUUAGAUCAAGUAACUUUUAGAUUUGAGUCCAUUCGUGAAGUAAUAGCAUCGAUCUACUUGUUCUAUGAUUGGAUUGGAUAAAUAAUAGAUUCUAACUUAGUUUCUAUAGAAAUAACAAUUGUUAGGAGGAAAGAAGUUACUCUUUGGUUAAACAACAAAUGGAAAGAUUUCACUUAAACAAAACUAUCAUCUUGACAACGUUCCCAGAUUCUUCUUACCUUAAGAGACAAACUUCAAUAAUACUAGUUGCAAUCAUCACAACAAAGAAAAUAUCAAUCAAGAAAAUUGCAAUAAAGAAAACAUCAGAGAGAAUAGCGUUAAAAUCAAUAAGCAGAAUUCUUCAGCAAUCUGUAUCUUCACCGAAUCUCCAAUUAAGUUAGGUGAUUUAAAAUCUUGUAAAUUAUAAACAAAAAAUGGUUUACUAUAAAUUCACGAGGAUGGAAGAUUCGAAAUGGAUGUAAGUAACAAAGAUUUGAAUUUUAUCAUCUAAACUAAUGGAUAAGAAAUAAUAGUGUAAAAGAAAGGUUAAAAAGCCAAAUUGUAUAAGUUAAAUGAGUUACCCCAAAAGUUAUAGAAAUUCUAUACUUAUUCGAAAUAGGUUUGUAAUGCAAUCCGAGAAAAGAAUCAGAAAUAGAAACUUAACAAUGAACACGGCAAUUUUGCAUUAAAAAAUACAAAAUUGGGUUAAUGUUAUGAAGGCUAUAUCGCAUAAUCAAAAAUAAAGAUAUAACAUAUCUUAAACUCAGAUACAAUAAAAUUAUAAUAUCACAAUGGGACUACUAAAAUUGUAAAUAUUCAUGAGUUCUAAUAACUUUCAUCAUAAGCAAGAAUGGAUCCAAAUGAAGUGUAUUCAAUUAAAAUUGCACUCAAAUAUUUAACUUAAUGUUUGUAAUGA